AUGGGUAAACCGUUAACAGCCGAGCUCAUAGUUCAAAAAACAAAAAACGAUCAACUUUUCUAAAUUAAAAACCUAAAUUUAUGGGGAAACGACAUUGAUGAUUUGAAAGCAUUGAGACAAUUACCAAAUUUGGAAGUGCUUUCAUUAUCUGUGAAUAAGAUUUCAACUCUCAAAGAUAUAGGCUGUUGCCAAAAAUUGCAAGAACUCUACCUUAGAAAAAAUUGUGUUAGUGAUAUAAAAGAAUUGAGAUAUUUGGUUCAUUUACCUCAUUUAAGAGUUUUGUGGUUGUAAGACAAUCCUUGUGCAGAUCAUCCUAAUUAUAGAGAAAUUGUAGUUAAGUACCUGCCAAACUUAGUUAAACUUGACAAUACUACAAUAACAAAUGAAGAUAGAUAGAAUGCUUAAUCUGUCAAUAUUUUAGAAGAUGAUUUUGAAGAAUAAACUUAGAAUAGCAAUAUUCUAAAUAGACCGAAAUCAAGUCUAAAAGAAUCUCCUAAAAAACAACCAUUUAUUUUCAACCAACAAGAAUAAUAAAGGCCUAUAACCCCUGAUAUCAGUUCAAAUCAAUAAAAUAUUUAAAAUAAUAAUAAGAACAUAGAACGAAAUGAAAAUAUACUAUGUGCUGUUCUAUCUUUAAUUAAAGAGCUUGAUGAUAGUUCUUUGGAAGUUGUAAAGAAAGACAUAGAUAGAAAGUUACAGAAAAAUAACCUUAAGCGAAUUCUUUGAAUUAAUAUAACAGAGCUCAUUAUUCAUUCCUUUUUUUUGCU